UACGUUUUUACUUAUCUAGUUAUAUUAUAUUUUUACUUGUCUAAUAUAUUAUAAUAGUCAAUAUUGUGCCUGCUUUACAUAACAUUUUUUGAAAAUGAACAAAAACGUGAUCAUCUAUAAAGACUGCUGCAGUAAACUGGAAAAAAUCGCUUCAAAACGAAGAAUUUAUGGAUCCGAGUCGGCUCUCAGGUUGAACAAAAAAGACUCUAAACUUGACGUGUCUAAUGGAAAUCUUGUUAAAGAAUCAAAAAACAAAGUAAAAAAAAUGCCGUUUUUUUGUGCCAGUAGUGCUAGCAAAAGUUAUAACAUGUGCGUGAACAUCCAAACAACUUUGUCCAUGAUAAAGCAAUUCCCUGGUCAAACUUAUGAAGAUCAAGAUAGUUCAUUAAAUUCAUCUACUAACUUUAUCGUUGAAACAAAAUUGAACAAAAACAGCGGAACGAGCUUAAUAUCACAGCAAUCCUCAGAUGUGCAAAUUUGCCCAGCUACAUCGGAGGACAAAUUUAUAGACCAAGAGGAUGAUAUCGUAGAAGGUUUAAAUCCAAACCGGUGGGCAGUGAAACAAACCGAUGCUGUUAUAAAUCAUUCUGAGUGCGGGAUGCAAAAAAACUCUUGCUCUUGUCCAAAUCGGUUCAUGGAAAGUUACCAUAAAGUAAUGGCUCCUUUUAUGAAGCAUUUGAGACGUAAACAAAAUUCAAUAGAACCUCCUCAAAACCCUUACACUAAAGCAAAACUUGUACAGCACUACGAAUUGUUGUCCAAGCACAUGCAAGUCCUCAAACUAACUAUAGUCACAAUGAACAACGAAUUUCUAACACUGACCGAAAAAUACAACAAACUCUACGAUCAACAUAUUCGGGAUCAAAACCAAAACCUCAUACCGAUAUUACUUGAUACUGAAGACCAAAUUAACGCAUUAAGAUCCAAAGUCGAAGAGGCCGUUGAUGUGUACAGAGAAGCAGCUUUUGUGAACACGGGAGAAGUAUCGAAUUCGUCAUCGAUUCUUCUGGCCGAUAUUGAAGCAGAUCAAGAUCGAAGACCUAAGGAAACGACAACAGUACAUUUAUCCAAAUUGUUAAGGAGAAUUCAGUGCUUACAAGAAAAGCUCAAGACCGGCCAUUUCCGUCACGGCUGUGGCGACCAGGCAGAAUAACUGUGUGCAAAUAUUUUAUGGUCAUCAUUAAAACUGUCUUUACUAAUAUUACAGGACACAAUUGAUUGACUGUUUACUCUUAGGCCGGGGGUGGUGGUGUGUAUGGGGUGUGACUUUUUUGUUGAGGGGGAGGAGAUAUCUGAAAACCACGUACGUAAUUGACGUCUUCAUAGAACAACUCUGUGGAAGUAUUACAAAAAAAUAUAAGAUAUCGAAAUUUAAAACUAAGCGAUGUCGAGUAUAUUAAUAUAUAAAAUAAUAUAAGGAUAUGAUUUUACACCUGUUGAAGCUGAAUUUUAAUCCUACUAUAAAAUACUAUACUAUUUCAUUGAUUUGCUAAAUUUUUUUGAUAAAAAAUUACAUUACUGAACAAAUAAUUAAAUAACGUUAUAUUAUUUUACUCUCACUUAUCAAUUAUAGCAGUGUCAUUAUCAUAGACUAGGACAC